AUGGAGUUAAAGCCUAGUGUUAAACUUUCACAUCGUUGUUUUGCAAUGUUGUUACGGGAAAAAAUAAAUUGGAAACCACAAGGAUAUUGUGUCAGACAACAAUCACCAGAUGCAGUCCAAAUCUCCUCAUUACACUUGGCACAAUCCAAACCUCCAACCCUUGAUGAACUGAACGUGGCCUUGUGGGCUCGUUUUCACGCGAAUAAACAAUUAUUUCUCUACUCAAUCACGGUUGCUGUAUUACAUCGCCCAGAUGCUGUUGGUAUUGUUUUACCAGCAAUUUAUGAAAUCAACCCAUAUUAUUUUUUUAAUUCAGAAACAAUCCAAAAAGCUCAGUUCUACAAAAUGCAUGGUUUUCAUGAAAUCAAAAAAGUUGACAAUGUUUACCAGAUCGUUAUACAGAGCAGCUACACUGGAGAACGUGGACAUUUCAAUUAUGAAAACGUAUUAUCGUAUUUCACUGAAGAUGUUGGCUUGAAUCAAUUCUACUAUUAUUACAAUUUAGAUUAUCCAUACUGGACUGAAGGUUUAAUUGAGGCUCCCUUAAAGAAUGAUCAUCGUGGUGCUUUUUAUUUGUUUCUUCAUUGGCAACUCUUAGCUCGAUACUACAUGGAACGUUUGUCACAUGAUUUAGGUGAAAUACCUGUAUUCAAAUACAAUGAUAAAUUUGACGCUGGCUACUACACAGAACUCCGUUAUUAUAAUGGUGUUUUCUUCCCAAAUCGAGAUAAUUCUCAUCGUUCAUAUUAUGAAGGCAAUUAUUAUUUAGCUCAUCGUGCUUCUAUUUUGGAACAACGUUUUUUUGAUGUAAUUCAUUCGCACCAUAAAAUGAAGUUCGAUACUUUCGAACACGAAGUUGAAUCCUAUGACAUUUUUGAUGAUUUAAUCCAAGAUUUAUUUGAUAUGCAAGAUUGUGACAAUAACCUCCUUAAUUGGAUGCGAUUAGAUAAUUUAGAAAUGCAAAUUGUUGAUCUGCAAUCCAAUCUAAUUUGGGUAAAUAAAUUUGUGAAUAUGCGGAAGCUUGUUGAAGAUUUAGAAACCCAUCGAUCCCAAAAUGUGGAAUCAGAAUGUUUCAUGGAAAACUUAGCUGUAACAAUCUAG